UUCUGGGCUUGGUUAGUGAUUUGCGCGUCGUCGUCGUUGCUAUGGCAGCAGGAGAGCUGUCACUGCUUCGAGAACAGCCGCCCUCAAUCUGCACGAGUCUGCUCGGAGGUGUGACCUCAGGCGAACGAAGUUGUAAAGCAUAUGAGAGAGCCUCCGGGAGAGACGAUGAUUUUGAUGACAGCGACAAGUCUGAUGGCGCCGAGGGCCAGGCGGACAGUUGCGAACAUUCCUCCCACUCUGUCACCAGCCGUACCACAGAGGAUCUGGACAGCUCUGAACAGCUUCAUGACAGACUCACUUGUCAGUCGAUUGCUGAGCACGUCGACCCCGGUGCAUCGCGGGAACAGGAGAGAGCAGAAGAGGGCGGCGUCAUACAGAGCGAAGGAGACGUCUUGGAGUUGCUGUCUUCUCUGCUGCACGGUGAACAGACCUUGGAGCAUCUGGAAGUGUCAGAUUCACAGGCAGUCACCGUCGGCAACGUCACGUAUGUCUUGGGCGAUAUCAAGAUGAAGGAAGUGGUGCAGGAGAACACCCUUAAGCAGCAGAUUUUUGUGAAGAAGCGAGGGGAGUCUACCGACGACCAGCUACAAGUGGUGAGCCGCAAGGAGUGGCUGGCGGAGCCUCCCUCGCAGCCAGUGGACGUGGUGGAGGGCCCCCUUGACCUGGUCAUCAUCAACCACACAGCCUCCCUAUCGUCCGAGACGCCGGCCUUAAACAUGAUACUGCUCCGGCGGAUACAGCUGAUGCACAUGGAGGGUCAGGGCUGGUUCGACAUCGCCUACAACUUCUUGGUGGGGAUGGACGGCGUGGUGUACGAGGGCCGCGGCUGGGGCAUCGUCGGCAGCCACACCAAGAACUACAACGCAGUCAGCGUGGGCGUCGCCUUCAUCGGCCACUUCAUGCAGGAGCUGCCCUCCCCAGAGGCGGUCGCCUCCCUGUGGCGGCUGCUGGACCAAGGCGUGCGCCUGGGCCACCUGUCCCCUGACUACCGCAUCCUUGGAUACUGUCAGUGCCGGCCGUCGGAGAGCCCGGGCCGCGCCUUCUUCUCGCUGAUACAGACGUGGCCCCGUUGGGCUGAAACGGCGCCGCCUCCUCCUCCAGAGGCCUCCACCACGUACGGUUCUCAGCAAAGUGGGACGCUCUCUGUACAGACAGUGGCGACCACGAUACCUGUACGAGAUGAUGUCGAUAAUGGAAGUGUAAUAUCUGGCACAUUAGAAACGGCAGCAGGAGAUGAUUUAUCGCAAUUGGACAGCACCCUCAAUCGCCAGCUAUCAGAGACAGCCAGCAAGGUCCAUAGCGUCACGUCUUCUCUUGCAGAAGAACCUCAGGUGCAAGAUACUCUGGACCAUGACGAGGACGUCAGCGAAGAGGAUUCCGCGGACACAGAUCAGCAAGACGAGACUAGCAACGACCAGGCGUUCGCUGGGGAUUGGUAUCAAGAGCGGAAGGCAGUACAUGUGUCAAACUCACGAAAUGUUCGAGUGGGCGAAGUCGCCUACGUGUUGGGGUCACUUAACAUCAGCCAAGUUUUGCAGACACACAGUGUUGAGAAGAGGCUGUUCAUGAGCAAUGGCUGCCAAGAGAAGGAGCUACGCGUGGUGCGACGCAGCGAGUGGCGGGCGCGGCCGCCGGCGAGGCACGUGACUCCGCUGUGCAAGCCUGCCACCAAGGUCGUCCUCUGUCAUACGGAUUCAGGCUGCGUCGCGGAAGCAGAGAAGGAGGCUGGGCACUUGCGGACGCUGCAGGAGGUCGCGGUGCACGGCAGGGGCCUGGAAGACAUCCACUACAACUUCCUGGUGGGCGGCAGCGGCUGCGUGUUCGAGGGCCGCGGCUGGGACGUCAGGCCGUGGAGGCCUUCCACCAGCUGA